AAAGCCUUCUCGCCUUCCCCACGUUAUACGUCUCGCCUAUUUAUUUCCAUCAAUCCUGCCGAUCUCUCUCUCCGAAUCCUCUUCCUCCCUUUCUUUCCUUCCCCAUCUAUCUUGAUUCUUGAUUCUGUUCCGUUGGUUUGUUUUUGAAGCUCUAGAAGAGGAGGGAUUUAUCGCCUCCAAUCUAUUGUUCUUGGUGCCCUUUCCCGACGAGACCGCCGCCGCCGGAGAAGCACUCGCGUCGAUCGCCCGCCAUGAAUCCGGAGUAUGACUAUUUGUUCAAACUUUUGCUUAUUGGAGAUUCAGGUGUUGGCAAAUCAUGUCUCCUACUAAGAUUUGCGGAUGAUUCAUACUUGGAGAGUUACAUCAGCACCAUUGGGGUUGACUUUAAAAUACGCACUGUUGAGCAGGACGGGAAGACCAUUAAACUUCAAAUUUGGGAUACUGCUGGGCAAGAACGUUUCAGGACGAUUACUAGCAGCUACUAUCGAGGUGCUCAUGGUAUUAUUGUGGUUUAUGAUGUGACAGACCAGGAGAGUUUCAAUAAUGUAAAGCAAUGGUUAAACGAGAUUGACCGUUAUGCAAGUGAAAACGUGAACAAGCUUCUGGUUGGGAACAAGUGUGAUCUUACUGAAAACAAAGUCGUCUCUUCCGAGACAGCUAAGGCAUUUGCUGAUGAAAUGGGUAUCCCGUUCUUGGAGACUAGUGCAAAAGAUGCCACUAACGUAGAGCAGGCCUUCAUGGCCAUGACUGCGGCGAUCAAGAACAGGAUGGCCAGCCAACCAGCAACGAACAAUGCCCGGCCACCAACAGUGCAAAUCCGUGGGCAGCCCGUCAAUCAGAAGACCACCUGCUGCUCGUCUUAAGUCAAUUAAUUUCAAAUAUUAGCUGUUGCUUUAUCCAUAAUGACGCUCUGUGCUGUGUUCUUUAGAAACUGUUGGCAUAAUUUCAUUCUUUCUAGAAUAUUUGUUUUUAAGCCUGUACAAAUUAGGGAUUGUGUAUUGGUUAUGUUCCUAUUUUGGAACUCACAAACUGCAUGCCUUUUAUCACAAUCAUUUGUUAUGACUAGAUAUUAAAGAAUUUGCACGAAAGUAA